CCUCGGCUAGCGUCCGAGCUAGCACCUGUCCCUCGGCUAGCGUCCCCAGCUCCCAGGCUGGCCCCCUCGUCUCCGCCAGCUCCCAGGUUGGCCCCGACCUCUGUCCCUCGGCCGGCAGCACCGGCUUCAGCACCUCGGCCAACUCCU